UUCUGCGUGACAUCGCCCCUGACCGUGUGUGCAGUGAGCGGCUGGGACUGGGAUCCCGAUGCGGGAAAGCCAGCCAGCUUCCCAGGAAGCGAUGGCCACUGAGAAUGCUUCUUCAGAAAUCAUAGACAGACAAAGAGCAAAGUUGCUUCAUGUCCUCCAGCAAGACCCUGAUUCUAUCUUGGACACCCUAGCCUCUCGGAGACUGAUUUCUGAGGACGAGUAUGAGAUGCUAGAGGAAAUUCCAGAUCCCCUGAAGAAAAGUCGGAAGCUGUUAAUUGUGGUGCAGACGAAGGGAGAGGAGAGCUGUCGAUGUUUCCUCCAGUGUUUGUCUAACGCGUCUCCAGAGGCGGCCACCACUUUGGGCGUAAAUUACCAAGUCCCACACCAGGGGGCUGAAGCGUCCAGGUCUGCGGAGGUGAGCAGGGGUCCCGCAGACCCCUUUUCCCUUGGGAGGGAAACCCGGGAGAAUGACGCGAUUUCAGUGCUCUCUGAAGAGAAAGAACGUGUCGAUUGGGAACCGCCUGAGGUUUUCCGGUACCAGGAAAGUAAGGAGAGAAAAACUUCAAGAUCCUCCAGGAAGAAGGCGGAGGGGCGUGGCGCAUCACAAGUCCUGACGCCACAUUCAGUGGGAAGAGUGGAGCACGAAGCUCCAACGAGUAUCACCUACUUCAGUGGUGGAGAAAGAUACCAGGAGCCAGACGAUUCUCUGUACUUAGCAGAAGGGGAGGAUCCAGAGUCUGAAGGGUACCCCGGAGAUGUCGAGGCCGUUGUGGAGGACGGGGCCUCCGAUGACCUGCGGUGCUUUGCAUAUGAUGGCGAAGAGGACCGUGAGUAUGAAGAAACCGUGGAGUUUUCUAACGAAGAAAGUAGCUGUGAAAGUUCAGAGAGCAGCAUUUCAUUGGAAGAGGAAGAGAAAAGCACUGAAGGAAGAAAAAGAGUAUUUCAACAUGUCCUGUCCUGUUUGAACAUGGAUAGAAGCCGAAAGCUUCUCCCAGAUUUUGUGAAGCAGUUUUCCAUGGAUCGAAGAAGUGAGUGGACACCCGAGACUCCAGGAGACUUAGCUUGGAAUUUCCUGGUGAAAGUUCAGGCAUUAGACUUGACAGCCAGGGAUUUUAUCCUUCGGCGCAAGAUGGUGGAUGAGGAGAGCGAAGAGGGAUUGCUGGCUGGAAUAGAGAAGUUAGGAAUUGAAGACAUACAAACUAUCCAUCCCCUUGAUGUCCUUUGUGCCUGCAUGCUUUGUUCGCACAGCUCUCUGCAACGUGAAGUCAUGGCAAACAUGUACCAAUGCCAGUUCGCUCUUCCCCUGCUGUUGCCAGAUGCAGAAAACAACAAGAGCAUCUUAAUGCUGGGGGCCAUGAAAGACUUAGUGCGGAACCCGAUGCAGUCCUUGGGAGGACCCCCCAGGGAAACAGAAACAUUUCUGAGUCUCAUGAAGAUGCCUGUCCUCUCCUUCGUGCGACUCGGACACUGUAGCUUCUCCAAGUCCAGAAUCCUCAACACGCUUCUCAGCUCCUCCCAACAGAAACCACACAAAAUCUUUCUCCAUAAGGAUCUGUCUGUUCCUGUGCUUCCUCGGCAAAUUUCUGAUGGCCUGGUGGAGGUCACGUGGUGUUUCCCUGACAACAAGGAGCUAAAGGAAUGUCCUCAUGUUUUCCAAAAGCCUGUUGCUGUGGCCAACCUUCGUGGGGAUCUCGAAAGCUUUUGGACACAGUUUGGUUUUCUGGUGGAAGUUUCCUCAGCCUUGUUCUUUUUCACUGACUGCCUGGGCGAGAGGGAAUGGGACCUACUAAUGUUUUUAGGAGAAGAUGCCAUUGAGAGAUGCUACUUUGUCCUCGGUCCCCAGGCCAAGGAGAGUGAGGAGGCUCAGAUGUUCCAAAGGAUCCUGAGUCUGAAGCCGUCACAGCUGCUGUUUUGGGAAGUGGAGGAAGCUGGGGAUAGAAGGAAGACAAUGGAGGCCCUUCAAGCUGCCCUCCAGGAAGUAAUGUCCUCUUCACUCAGAUGUGUGUCCCUAGAAGAUAUGGCCUCUCUGGCCAGGGAGUUGGGGAUUCAGGUAGACCAAGACUUUGAAAUUACUCAAGAUAUUCAUGUUUCCUCCAGAAUAGCUGAAGGUGAGAACCAACAAACGCAUCAGACAAAAAGCCCAUCUGAAAACCAAGCUCAGGUGCCAAUCACAGAGCCUGGGGCCCAAUGUGAGAACAGCCAGAAUGCUCAGAAUCUGCAGCAGACUCCAGUAUUCACGUCUCAUCCAGUAGACCCAUGGCCCCUGCCUACUGCACUUGGAAGUAAUUUCUACCAUGCUUCCUUGAAAGCCCCGUGGGUUCCGAGCUCCUGCUUUGGGUCACAACAGAAAGCUAAGUGGUUCUGUCCUUUGCCCCAUCAGAAUACAGGGAUUCACAGCAGAGGUAAAAGCUUUGGUAUUCAGGACUUCCAACCCUGGAGAUUUUAUUCAGGGGAAGGAUUCAUGAAAUAUUCAGGGACUCCUCGGGGGUAUCAUUUGAGUGGAAAAUUUGGGAGGUCACACAGACAGACUUCUCAUGGAUGGACCCAUCCUGAGAGCCUACAGGAAGCAAAAACUUUUCCAAGGUCUGGGACAGUGGCCUCUCGUGUAGGUCACUCACAUUCUCCAGGUUCACAAGCAACAAAAGCAGCUGGGAAGCCACAGCCCAUGAAAGCCUGUGCCCAGGGCAUGCAACUGACUGAAGCAACUGGAUCUAUGAGGACAACAUCUCAUAUUAAGUAUCCUCACCCUCCAUCCUGUCUGCCAGCAGGAGCCAUUCAAGAACGAAAAAUACCUGUUUCUCAUCAAGGAUCUCAUGGAAUAAUAAAGGGAAGGACUUCAGAGCCAGCUUUCCAACCAGGGUAUCAAUCCACAUCUGGGGGUAAACUUUCAUCUACUUCCCAGGUCAACUCCCAUCAACCCAAGUUCCAGGUCAAACACUUUGAGUCCAUUCAACCUUCUCAGAAAAAAACCCCUCAUCCCCAGCCCUCCCAAGCUAAACACCCUCAUCCCCAGCCCUCCCAAGCUAAACCCCCUCAUCCCCAGCCCUCCCAAGCUACACCCUCUCAUCCCCAACCUUCCCAAACUAAACCCACUUAUCCCCAGCCCUCCCAAGCUAAACACCCUCAUCACCAGCCCUCCCAAGCUAAACCCUCUCAUCCCCAACCUUCCCAAGCUACACCCUCUCAUCCCCAACCUUCCCAAACUAAACCCACUUAUCCCCAGCCCUCCCAAGCUAAACACCCUCAUCACCAGCCCUCCCAAGCUAAACCCUCUCAUCCCCAACCUUCCCAAGCUACACCCUCUCAUCCCCAACCUUCCCAAACUAAACCCACUUAUCCCCAGCCCUCCCAAGCAAAACCCUCCUCAUCCAGAUCUACUCAAUUCAAGCCACAUAGACCCCAUCAAUCCCAAUCUAAGCCUUUUCAACCUAAAUCUACUCAACAUUCAUCAUCGCAGACCAAGCCUUCCCAGGCCAAGGCCUACUACCCAAGAGCAGGGAAACGUUAAAGAACAUACCCCAGAGACCCAUGAGGUAUGUUCUUUACAUAUUCUGUUCCUCUCAUAUAACAGUCUGAAGAAGAGUU